AUGGCAACAACAACGGCUUUAACAGCAACCAGUAGCGGUGCGGUGUUCAGUGUUCUCUCUGCGCCAUCGCCGUCAUCUUUUCCAGUUCCGAGCCAGGCUCCGACAGCGCCAGGAGAUGUACCAGGUGGAGAUGACAAUGGAGAAUGCAAGCUUUUGGGUCCGUUUUCACUCUUCGUGCAAGCUGCACUGGGAGGCCUUGCGCUAUUGUCUCUAGUUUACAAGCGAUGGAGAGAACGGCCUCAAAGACCGGUGAAGGUUUGGGCAUUCGAUGUGUCAAAACAAGUACUUGGAACUGCAAUGCUCCAUCUCGCGAACCUGCUCAUGUCCAUGUUCUCCGCCGGCCAGUUCGAAAUCACAACCAACUUCAAGCCAAACCCCUGUUCAUAUUAUCUACUAAAUCUGGGAAUUGACACUACGCUCGGAAUUCCGAUUCUUAUUUUUAUCCUCCGCGUUUUGAAUGCACUGGCCUUCUACACCCCCCUUGCCAAUCCUCCCGAAUCGAUAGAGUCCGGAAACUAUGGCAGUCCACCUUGCGCAACAUGGUGGCUCAAGCAGUCAAUCAUUUACUUCAUCGGGCUCCUAGGGAUGAAGACUUGCGUUUUCGUCCUCAUUCAAUUGUUACCUUUUAUUGUUAAGGUUGGGGACUGGGCCCUCCGAUGGACCGAGGGCAACACGGCUGUCCAAAUCUUCUUCGUCAUGCUGCUUUUCCCGGUCAUUAUGAACGCCAUCCAAUAUUACAUCAUCGAUACUUUUAUCAAGAAACAGCCACCAUCCCAUGAGCUACUGCUGGCGCAAGAUUAUGCUGAGAAUGCACUCAUGGAUGAUGAGCACGGCCAUCGCAGUGCACUACUGGAGGACGAGAGGGCAUUCGAAUCCGAUGAUGACUCCAUGGGAAAGGGAACGAGAAGACCGUCGCAUAUGAAGGAAGCCUUGAGCCGGUCCCAUACAAGCACAGAGUAUGACCCGAUACUUGAUGGGGAGACGGGCUCAGUAUCAGCCGGCUCAAGCAGCCAUGAGCAGCAUGAUUCAGCACAACCUGCUACGAACUCGAAAGCCCAGCACAAGGGCUCAUGA